GGCGAAGAGCAGAAGGCCGGACCUAGAAAGCAGGUCCCUGCUCGGCGCCCCCAGCACGGGGCUGAGGUUGCAGCCCGCUGCCGCCGCGGGCGAGAGGGGCGGGCAGGGAGGCCGCGCGGCGAGAUCCGCUGCUCUGACGCACCAGCCCGUCUCUCGGCGCCCACACGCUCCGGGGGCACCCAGCUCCUCCUCCACUUGGGAGAUGCCCGACUCCGGGCGACCAGACUGCUGUCUCCGCCGAGGCGAAGAGCCCCGCUCACGGGGCAGCUUAGCCGGGCCCCGGCUGCGAGACCCAGCCCCUCGCCUCUGCUCUCCCAGCCCCUGAGGGCUCCAGACCUGCCGCGGCUCCCAGCCCAGCGCCCUCCUCUCCUCUCCGCCACACCGUCUCCCACGGGGGCUCACUGGCAGGAGGUCGGCGCAAGUCCCACAGACACUCUCCAGAAACCCUGCCACUGGCCAGAAGCGACAGACGUCCGGAGGGGCUUCCGACACAGUGCUCACCACACAUCCUCCUGAGCGCGCCUUCUCCACGCGCCGGUGAGCCCGUCUCCUGACCCAGACAUGGAUCUGCCGGUGAACCUCACCUACUUCAUCCUCUCCACCCCCGCCCCCCUGGAGACCAACCGCAGCUUGGACGCAGAAGACCCGCGCCCCAGCCUGCCCCUCCUCUCCGUCUUCGGCGUGCUUGUUCUCACCCUGCUGGGCUUCCUGGUGGCAGCGACGCUCGCCUGGAACCUGCUGGUGCUGGCGACCAUCCUCCGCGUGCGCACGCUCCAUCGUGUUCCGCACAGCCUGGUGGCACCCAUGGCCGUCUCGGACGUGCUGGUGGCUGCCCUGGUCAUGCCGCUGAGCCUGGUGCACGAGCUGUCCGGGCGCCGCUGGCAGCUGGGCCGGCGGCUGUGCCAGCUUUGGAUCGCAUGCGACGUGCUCUGCUGCACGGCCAGCAGCUGGAAUGUGACGGCCAUCGCGCUGGACCGCUACUGGUCCAUCACCCGUCACCUGGAAUACACGCUGCGCGCCCGCAAGCGCAUCUCCAACGUAAUGAUCACGCUCACCUGGGCGCUCUCCGCAGUCAUCUCCCUGGCCCUGCUGCUCUUCGGCUACUCUGAGGGCAGCGAGGAGUGCCAGGUGAGCCGCGAGCCCUCCUACACCGUGUUCUCCACCGUGGGCGCCUUCUACCUGCCGCUCUGCGUGGUGCUCUUCGUGUACUGGAAGAUCUACAAGGCGGCCAAGGUCCGCGUGGGCCCCCGGAAGGCCAACAGCGUCUCCCCCGUAUCCGAAGCUGUGGAGGUGAAGACCUCCGCUCGGCAACCCGAGAUGGUGUUCACCGUCCGCCACGCCACCAUCACCUUCCAGACAGAAGGGGACACAUGGCGAGAACAGAAGGAGCAGAGAGCCGCCCUAAUGGUGGGUAUCCUCAUUGGGGUGUUUGUGCUCUGCUGGAUCCCCUUCUUCACCACGGAGCUCAUCAGCCCCCUGUGCUCCUGUGACAUCCCCGCCACCUGCAAGAGUGUCUUCCUGUGGCUCGGCUACUCUAACUCUUUCUUCAACCCCCUGAUAUACACGGCCUUCAACAAGAACUACAACAGCGCCUUCAAGAACUUCUUCUCCAGGCACCAGUGACUGCGAGGCCGGCACAGGCAGGAAGUCUCCCCAAGCUCCAUCUCUUUCCCCAUCCUCACCCGGCACCAGCUGGAAGAGACAAGCCUUCAGGUUCCCCAGGGUGGUCCUCGGAGCUGAGCACCUCACUUCUGCACUGCGGGCAGGAACGCGAGUCUCCACAGGCAGGACCGGGGACCCCGUUUAUCCAGUUUACCUGCUAUGCCCCACUCUGCACCUAACAGCCACGGGCCUGGCCACGAAGUGCCCUUUCUCUACAAAACCCACUCCAGCACGGUUACUGUUCUCGUCCCAGGGAAGUCAAACCAGGCAGACGUGAGGCAGGAGAUAAACCAGUAUGGGCAGGUUGAGAACAGACAGGAAACAGUGAAUAAGAAGUCACAAUGGGUGCAUCUGGGGAACAGGAAACCAUAAUUGCGUUUCCUGGAAGAGUCCCCAUUUCGAAUAUUCCAUCCUACAGUCCUAGGAAGUAUACCCUAAUACUUACUGUGUGUGUCCCAGUAUUUGGCCACAAAAGAUUGUCUCCAGACAUAUUAAAGUACACAGCCGCAUCUGCAAGACCAGGCAGUACGGCUUUAUGGUUUUGUUUAUGGCAACCACACACGCACACACCAAACCUACCGAGGAGGCAAAUGUUCCAAUUGGCGAGUUUGUUCUAAAAUGCAACCCAUCAACUUGGAACAGGAACUACAAGUCAAAUCAAAUACCUCCUUCUAUUUCGAAGCAACUGUUCACAACACAGAAAUAGCUACUAGUUCCGCAGAAUCUGUCAAACUUGCUUAUUUACUAUGGGUUCCAUUUGUAUGGAAUUUAUUCAAAUGUUGCUGAACAAAGACUUUUAUCCUCAGAUCAUGAAAUUAGAGUAACACAACUGUCACGAAGUUGUUGACUUCUUAAAUAUAGUUUCGUAACCAGGGACUAUGAAGGCAUAUUCACCAAACACGUGCACUUUAAGGAGAUCGUUGAUUAAUUUGCUAGCUGCUAUUAUUCAUUGGUAUGUAAAUACCUGCUGUGAGGCCAACACUGGUAACUAAUGAGAAAGCAGAAAAAUGGUAAAAGGUGGCCUCAGUCCUCUGCAAAUUAACACUUUUAUAUAACCAUGAGGCAAGACAAAUGAUGAUGCAGUGUUUAUAUGAUCUUACAAAACCCUAGCCAUUAUACACAACUUUAAAAAGACCCUGGACAAUAAAACUGCUUGUGGUCUGCA